CGCGUGGGAGUCAUGGCUCCCAGUUCCGGCCCGUUCCCCGAAGAGCCGCUCUUAAAGCUGCUGCCUCUAGAGGCCAGGGACCGGGGCACUCAGCGCUGUCGCCUGGGUCCGGCCGCCUUCCGCGCCUUGGGCGCGCGCUUGGGCUCGGUGGUGAAGAUCUCGUUGCCGGACGGUGGCUCCUGCCUCUGCACCGCCUGGCCACUGUGGAACGGAGCGGACGGCCAUGUGCAACUGGAUGCGCAGUGCUCCACCCGGGGGGCCAUCGCGGGGGCGACGGGGACGCAGGGGAGCCUGCGCCUGAGCUGCCUCCAGGUGGUUCCCUGCCCACCCCUUAAGCGCCUCACCGUGUGGCCUGUGUUGCGGGAGGGCCCGUCCGGGACCCCGAGCUCCGCCGCGGUGCUGGAGGCGGCGCUGCAGCUGCUGAAAAAACGACCCGUUUGCCAGGGCCACGUGGUCGCCGCCCCGCCGGACGCUCCGGGCCCGGUGGCCGCCCUGCACAUCGUCAGCGGCUCGCCUCUCCCAGACCCGGCCGGGCUGGUCACUCCUCGCACCCGCAUCGCCCUCAGCCGGGUGCCUCCUUCGGACCCGGAGCCCCCGCCCGAGGUGCCCUUGGGGGGUCUUUCGGAUGUGGCGAACUCGCUGCGGGAGCUGCUUCUCCUCCCGCUCCGCUAUCCCCGCACCUUGGCCGCGCUGGGGCUCGCAGUACCCCGCGGCGUGCUCCUGUCGGGCCCUCCGGGGGUGGGCAAGACCCAGCUGGUGCGGGCAGUGGCCCGGGAGGCGGGCGCGGAGCUGCUGGCCGUGAGCGCCCCGGAGCUGCAGGGUUCCCGGCCCGGGGAGACCGAAGAGAACGUGCGGCGGGUGUUCCAGCGCGCCCAGGAGCUGGCAAGGCGCAGACCGGCGCUGCUCUUCCUGGAUGAGGUGGACGCGUUGUGUCCCCGGAGGGGCGGUGCGCACCGAACCCCGGAGAGCCGCGUCGUGGCCCAAGUAUUGACGCUGAUGGACGGCAUCGGCGGGGACCGCGAGGUGGUGGUUGUGGGGGCCACCAACCGGCCCGACGCGCUAGACCCGGCGCUGCGCAGACCCGGGAGAUUUGAUCGGGAGGUUGUCAUUGGGACUCCCACACUUAAACAAAGGAAGGAGAUUCUACAAGCAGUUACCUGCAAGAUGCCCCUGUCCAGCGAAGUUGAUUUGAGUGUCAUUGCAGAAAUGACAGUUGGUUUUGUUGGUGCUGACCUCACUGCUCUCUGCCGGGAGGUUGCCAUGCAUGCACUGCAUCGGAGUGAGAAGAAUCAUGACAAUGCAAUGAUUGAUCAAGCAGACUUCCUUGAAGCUUUUAAAAAGAUUCAGCCCUCAUCACUACGAAGUGUCAUUGGAUUAAUAGAUGUCAGUCCUGUUGACUGGGAACAGAUUGGUGGCCUUGAAGAUGUUAAACUGAAGUUAAAACAGAGUGUUGAAUGGCCUCUUAAAUUCCCUCAAGAAUUUAUUAGGAUGGGCCUGACACAACCGAAAGGAAUCCUCCUUUAUGGCCCCCCUGGAUGUGCUAAAACCACCCUGGUGAGGGCCCUGGCCACUAGCUGUCACUGCUCGUUUCUUUCAGUGAGCGGCGCUGAUCUCUUUUCGCCCUUUGUUGGAGAUUCAGAAAGAAUCUUAUCUCAGGUAUUUCAACAAGCCAGAGCAAAUACUCCAGCAAUUGUGUUUUUGGAUGAAAUUGAUUCAAUCUUGGGAUCUCGGUCAGUCAACAAAGCAGAUUGUGGUGUUAAAGAGCGUGUUCUUUCUGUUCUCCUGAAUGAAUUAGAUGGUAUUGGAUUAAAGACUACUGAGAGAAGAGGAAAUAGAUCAGAUCAACUAGAGGCUCACGAAAUUUUUCAUCGAAAUGUCAUGGUUGUUGCAGCAACAAAUAGACCUGAGAUGGUAGAUGACGCUUUAUUACGACCUGGGAGGUUAGAUAAGAUCAUCUAUAUUCCACCUCCAGAUGAAAAGGGCCGGCUUUCAAUCUUAAAAAUCUGUACAAAAAACAUACCUCUGGAACCUGAUGUGUCCUUAGAACACCUGGCGGCAGAAACCUGCUUUUUCUCUGGGGCCGAUCUUGGGAACCUCUGCAAAGAAGCUGCCUUGCUGGCUCUACAAGAAAAUGGACUAGAGGCAACUACUGUGAAACAGGGGCACUUUGAAAAAUCACUAACAAUUGUAAAGCCAUCCUUAAAGCACAAGGAUUUGACUUCAUAUGAAAACUUAUUUCGGAGGCAAGAAUUUUCUACUUUAGAGGAGAUUUAAAAAUUGCUGUACAUAUUUUCUCAAGGACUCAUUGAAAUGUGGAAUUUGUGUAUAUGUAUUUUCUGUAAAUUAAAAGAAACAUUAUUAUA